AUGGCUAGAGCUUUAGCCAAGUUGUCUUGUAUAAUGGAAGAACUAGCUAUAACACUUGAGAAGGCUGAGUCUUGUGAAUCUCCUAGAUUCAACAAGAAACUGGAGAGUGUUGUUCAUAGGGUAACCAAGACAAAUUCCAAUUUUGAGCCUCUUGCUAACACCAAACUGAAUGGGAAACUUCCUGCAAAUUUCUCUACAAUUGACAUCCCUAAAUUCAGACCAACUGAUAAUCCAAAGUAUCAUUUAAGGAACUUUCGUUCAACCAUGAUCAUCCAAUCAGUUGAGCCUAAACACUACCCAAUGCAAAAGGUCCAGCUUAAUCUUGGAACGACAUUGAAGAUGAAUACUGCGUUUCAUCUUGCGAUAGAUGGUCAGACAGAAAAGACCAAUCAGACAAUGGAAGACAUGUUGAGAGCGUGCACAAUUGAUUUCUAUAAAAGCAAUGCUGAUUUGAAGCGAAGGGAGGAUGAAUUCGCUAUUGGUGAUAAGGUGUUCUCGAAGGUAUUACCGACGAAAGGGGUCAUCAGAUUUGAUAAGAAGGGAAAAUUAAGUGCUAAGCACAUUGGCCCAUAUGAGAUUUUGCAAAGAGUUGGGAAGGUAGCCUAUAAGUUGACUUUACCAAUGGAAUUUGAGAAGAUGCAUGAUGCAUUUCACAUUUUUCAACUUAAGAGAUAUAUCCUUGAUGAGAAUCAUGUUUUGGAACCCGAAAGAAUUGAGAUAGAUAGUAGCCUCACGCAUGAGGAAAGACCUGUGAAAAUCUUGGAUAGGAAGAUGCAUAGUACACACAAUAAGGAUGUGAGUACCGUAAAAGUGCUUUGGUCUAACGAUGAGUCCGAAGAGGCAACGUGGGAACCAAAGAUGAAAUGA